AUGGCCCCGAAAAAAUUCCCCACGAGACAUAUUCACACCCUCAAGACCCACAAUGCUCCGGUCAAUGCGGUCACCUUCUCCAGCUCCCCGGGGACAUACAUACUCACAGGCUCCUCGGACCGCGCAAUUCACCUGUCGCGCGCAGUUCCUAGCAAUGCAGAAAACUCGACUACCGCGGUAGAGACCACCGCGCCGAUCCAGCGAUACGAAGCGCAUGGCUACAGCGUCCUCGAUGUGGCAGUUGCCUCUGACAAUGCGCGCUUUGCCAGCGUGGGCGGUGACCGCCAGGUCUUCCUUUGGGAUGUCGAGCAGGGUACUACGAUUCGACGAUGGGGCGGGCAUAACAGCAAGGUUGAAGCAGUUCAGUUUGCCGGCGACGGAGACUCUGUUGUUGUCUCUGGCAGUGCCGAUACCACGAUAAAUCUCUGGGACACGCGCUCGAAUGGCCACAAGCCUAUCCAGACCCUCACCGAAGCCAGUGAUACCGUCUCGUGUCUACAUGCCCAUAUGCCUACAUACUCCAUCGCGAGCGGAAGUUACGACGGCCAUGUGCGCGUCUAUGAUGUUCGCAUGGGUCAAACAACCGUCGAUGUGCUGGCACAUCCUGUGACGAGUGUUCGCUGCUCGGCGGAUGGUAAUGCGCUGCUCACCUCCACGCUGGAUAGUUAUAUUCGAAUGCUGGAUCGCACCGAUGGGAAACUCCUUGCGGCUUUUGGAGGAUCGUCUCAAAAGGAAGAGCAGGCCCCAGCUGGUAUUCUCACUCGGCCUCGUCAUGGUUAUCGGAAUACGGAGCUGCGUGUCCGCUCUGUUUUUGCCCAGGGCGAUGGGGUAGUCUUGAGCGGAAGCGAAGCACCCAAGGAUGAUACAUCUAGUCUUGGUGCCGCUGUUUUUGCCUGGGAUAUCCUGACCGGGGAGAACGUUGCGACGCUCCCGAUGGGGCCGAGGGUGAAGGUUGUUAGUUGUGUUUCAUGGAACGAGAGAGGAUACUGGGCUGGUGGAUGUCCUGAUGGUAUGUGA